CUAUGGUCCUCCGUAAACUCUAUGUAAAUGAGCCUGAGAAUUAGUACUUCUACCAAUCACAUUAGCGAAUCUGUUUUGUAACACGAAGCCCAUAUCUUUCUGUUAAUCUUAUUUUACAACCCUUCUGAGAAGGACAACGUGCAACAAAAGGAAAAUUAGUUUGGUCGCCAGGGACUUCAAACAUAUAUGAUCUUAAACAAAAAUGCCUGAAGGAGCAGUUGUCCAAGUUUCAGCUCGUUGCCGUCCUCUAACAACUAAUGAAAAAAACAGUGGAGCAACAAGAAUCGUGAAAAUUAAUGGUGAAAAGAUUGUGUUACAUAAUCCAUCAUCAUCAGGCUCGACAAAGGAACACAACUUUUCAUUCAAUAAUUGUUAUUCAAUUGAAAGCAAGAAUGCUGAAAUAUACAAAGAUGUUGGUGAGCCAUUAUUAAAAAAGGCUCUGGAAGGCUACAAUGUCUCUAUUGUUGCUUAUGGUCAGACCUGCUCUGGCAAAUCUCAUUCAAUCAUGGGAACAAUGGAAGAGGCUGGACUUAUUUCAUUGGUUAGUCAAACAUUAUUUACUCUAAUUGACGAUGCUUCCAACAUCAAAGAUUACUUUGUUAUGGUAUCAUUCUUAGAGAUUGAUGAUUUGAGUGUUCAUGAUCUUAUCAAUCCAAGUGGAAGAAAUCUUAAAGUGCGCCAACAUCCUCAGCUGGGAAUGUACGUGGAUGAUAUUGCUGAAAUUGUUGUCAGUUCGAGUGAUGACGUUAUCAGAUUAUGUGACCAGGGAAACAGGAUUCAAAAAUUAACAACAACAGAUUUAAAUCAAGCAAACAGAUUCUCAAGCAUAUUUACCAUUACAAUUGAACAGAAAACAAAAAAUACUCCAAAUGUCAAAGCCAUGCGUUCUUCGAUCACUUUUGUUGAUCUGGCUGGAUCUGAUCACACAAGCAAAUCUGAAGAUGCUCCGUUUUUGUGCAAAAGCUUGAAUCAACUAUCACAAGUUGUGGAUGUCAUUAACCAAGGAUCGAAAGGAAAUAUAAUCCCCUAUCGCGAAAGCUCACUGACCAGGUUACUACAGGAUGGCUUUGGAGGGAAUGGAUACACGAGUUUUAUUGGUCAUAUUUCUCCUACAGAUGGUGACUUCGCUGAAAGUUUGUCUACCCUAAAGUUUGCAACUAUGGUGAAAAGUGUUCAAAAUGUUCCUAAGAGAAAUGAGAAUGACAGUUUGAAUGUUAUUAAAGAUUUGCGAGAAGAGAUAGGUCGUCUUCGAGAGCGAUUAGCAACUGGAAGCAGCAGUAUGAUUGACAUGCCUAACUCUGAUGAUGUUGUUCGAAUGGAGGAGUUGAUAAAAGAUUUGCAAUUGGCUAAAAUGCAAACGUGGGAAGAAAAACAAAGAAUAUCGGACAUGUUUUUAGAAGAAAGACGUCACCAUCUUUCAAACAAGGGUAUUCUUGAUUGGGUGCUUGACUCUAUGAAGCAUGGAAGAAAAGAUAUUCAAGCAAAACUUUCAAGUUUACAGAAAGACAAAGAAAGGCUGAUGAUAGACUACAAAGAAAAACGAAAAACAGUGGAUAACUUAAAAGAUACGCUGCAAGGAAUGAUAACAGAAUAUGCAAAACUAACUGAAGCAGGGAAAGGGAAUGACGAGGAGGGAAAGCAUAAAGUUGGAGAAAUCCAUAAAAUGAAAGAAAAAUUGAAACAGGAAAAUGAGCAAUUAAAAAAGAUAAAACAAAGCUUGAAAGAUGUACAGGAGAAGCAGAAAAACGAGAAAGAGGAUGCAAAGACACAAACAGAUAGUCUCAAGGGAAACAUGGAACUUCGAUUUAAAAUUGAGGCUGAGCAGAGAGAGAAAACGGAAAAAGAAAAUCAAGCUACCUUAGCUGAUGAGAUUGACAGAUUAAAAAUGGAGGCUGAACAAGAGAAAGCAGAAUUAAAGGCAAAGAAAAGUGCUCAUAAGACAUUAUCAAUAGAUGACCUGAUUAAAACAGAAAUUGAGCUUCUGGAUAUGAAAGCAGAAAAAGCAGCCAUGGCGAUUAAGUUGCGAUCCAUUGAGAAUGAGAAAAAGUUGGUUGAAAAAGAUUUGAACGAACUCUUUAAAAGACAGAAGGAAGAACUUGAAAUACAGCAACUCCAACAUUUCCAGACAUUUCGACACUACCGCGAAGCUUUUGAAGAACAGAAAGCAGCUUUGGAACUACGUUACAGAGCUUUACUUGAAGAUUCCAUUCAAGAUGCUGUAUACUUGUCUUCACGAAAUCAAGAAUUGGUCGAUGAAAAUCAAAACUUGAAGCAAGAGUUAGCAGAACUGAAAGACAAGUUGUCGACGAUGGGAGGUCGCCCAACAUCACCUGACUAAUCGUGUCAUCUGAAUAACCGAGUCAAUACUAGUUGUAAAUAUAAUAAGCGAGAAGAACUUGGCCUGAGUGUAACAUAAAAGAUAUCAGAUGAAGUGUUUAAGUGUCGAACUAUGCAGUCAGCGAUAGUUGGAUAUAAUUCAAUCUUUAGAUUUUUCCUUGGUUAAACUUUUUCGCACUGAUAGGUGCCAUAUUUUAACAAAGGGUAUCGCGAUCGUAUACGCUCGACAUUUUAGAUUCACUCUCUUUUUUUAACAUAAAAGUAUUUAAUUUUAAUAUAAAUUAUUUUUAAAUUAAAUUAUUUGUGAUGCAAAAUAUAUAUAGAUAAUGAUUAGUUACCAAAAAAACUACUCGCUUUAAAAGAACAGAGAACAUUCAUCUACUGCGGUAAAUUUAACAUUUCUAUACACGUAAUCCCUUAAGAUUAGAUUUUCUAUUCAGCGACAGUCUUAUUUAGCGACUAAAAAAUACGAAUUUAUACCGUACGGUUUUGUAAAUUAAUUUUAUGCCUAUAAUUAUUUGAAUAUGAUGAUGAAGAAGAAGAAGUGAUAUAUAGGAGAAAAAAACUUUGAUUAAAAAAGUUUUGCUAUCUCUCGCAAUCUAACAUGUAUCUAGUUUUUGGCGGGAAACUUUUUUCUAACAAAACAAUGAUUGGAAUAUUUUCUUGAUUUGUAGAUUUGUAAAUAAAAGAAUGAAA